AUGGCCGGAAAUGAAUGGCUAAACGGGUAUUUGGAGGCGAUAUUGGAUGCGGGAAGUGGGAGAAAUAGUGAUGGCUCGAGAGAGGAAGAGAAGAUCAAGAAUAACAAAUCCACGAGUCCUAGUUUGAGGAAGAGGUUUGAUGAGAAGUUGACGUUUGAGAAGUUUGAAGCUCGGAAAGAGAAGGAAGCUGGGAAGCUGUUUAGUCCCACCAAGUACUUUGUAGAAGAAGUCGUGAACAGCUUUGAUGAGUCUGACCUCUACAGGACUUGGAUCAAGGUCGUGGCGACAAGGAAUUCUCGCGAACGCAACAACAGGCUCGAGAAUAUGUGCUGGCGAAUUUGGCAUCUUGCCCGCAAAAAGAAACAGAUAGCUUGGGAUGAUGCACAGAAACUAGUAAAACGUAGACUCGAGCGUGAAAAAGGUCGAAGUGAUGCAGCUGAUGACCUCUCAGAAAUUUCCGAAGGUGAGAAGGAGAAAGGCGAUUUAGCUCAAACAGAUUUCCCUACUCGCAUUUCAAGGAUCAACUCUGAUACUCAGAUAUGGUCAGAGGAAGAUAAAUCACGACAACUGUACAUCGUAUUGAUUAGUCUGCAUGGGUUGGUGCGUGGAGAAAACAUGGAACUUGGCCGAGAUUCUGACACUGGCGGUCAGGUGAAAUAUGUCGUGGAACUUGCCCGAGCACUUGCAAAUACAAAAGGAAUAUAUCGAGUAGAUCUCCUGACUCGACAAAUCACAUCCCCAGAAGUUGACUCCAGCUACGGAGAGCCAAUUGAGAUGCUAUCAUGCCCGUCUGAUGGUUUUGGUAGCUGUGGUGCCUACAUAGUCCGAAUCCCCUGUGGACCUCGUGAAAAAUACAUUCUAAAAGAAUCACUCUGGCCUUACAUACCUGAAUUUGUAGACGGAGCAUUGGGCCACAUUGUCAACAUGGCAAGAGCUAUUGGCGACCAGGUAAAUGCUGGAAAACCAACAUGGCCUUAUGUGAUCCACGGCCACUAUGCCGAUGCAGGAGAGGUAGCUGCACGAUUGUCUGGAGCUUUGAAUGUGCCGAUGGUAUUAACAGGUCAUUCUUUGGGUAGGAACAAGUUUGAACAAUUACUCAAGCAAGGAAGACUCUCCAGGGAGGACAUUAAUACCACCUACAAGAUCAUGAGGAGAAUUGAAGCUGAAGAGUUGGGGCUGGAUGCUGCAGAUAUGGUGGUGACUAGCACAAGACAAGAAAUUGAAGAGCAGUGGGGUUUGUAUGAUGGGUUUGACAUCCAGUUGGAGAGGAAACUAAGGGUUCGUAGACGUAGAGGAGUUAGCUGUCUGGGACGAUAUAUGCCGAGAAUGGUGGUAAUACCACCAGGCAUGGAUUUCAGCAGUGUUACGACUCCAGAUUCAUUAGACAGUGAUGGAGAUCUGAAUUCAUUGAUUGGACCUGACAGAACUCAGAAAAAACCUAUGCCUCCUAUUUGGUCUGAGGUAAUGCGGUUUUUUACAAACCCUCACAAGCCCAUGAUACUUGCAUUGUCUCGUCCAGAUCCCAAGAAAAAUGUUACCACCUUAGUCAAGGCUUUUGGAGAAUGUCAGCCCCUACGGGAACUAGCCAAUUUGACACUUAUACUGGGGAACAGAGAAGAUCUUGAUGAAAUGUCCAACAGCAGCUCAGUUGUCCUAACAGCAGUACUUAAGCUCAUCGAUAAGUAUGAUUUGUAUGGUCACGUGGCAUAUCCAAAGCAUCACAAGCAACCAGAAGUUCCUCAGAUAUAUAGUCUGGCAGCAAAAACAAAGGGAGUAUUCAUCAAUCCAGCUCUUGUGGAACCAUUCGGUCUGACUCUUAUUGAGGCAGCAGCUUAUGGUUUACCUGUUGUUGCCACAAAAAAUGGUGGGCCUGUAGAUAUUCUCAAGGCACUUAACAAUGGCCUACUUAUCGACCCCCAUGACCAGAAAGCAAUAGCAGAUGCUCUUCUGAAGCUUGUAGCAGACAAGAACCUCUGGCUUGAAUGCCGGAAAAGUGGACUAAAGAAUAUCCAUCGCUUCUCAUGGCCAGAGCACUGCCGUAAUUACCUUUUCUAUGUUGAGCACUGUCGCAGUCGUCAUCCUACCAAUCGUCUUGAGGUUGUGCCAGCAACUGAAGAACCUAUGAGUGAAUCUCUAAGGGGUGUUGAAGAUCUUUCUUUGAAAUUCUCUGUUGAUGGAGAACUCAGGGUAAAUGGAGAACUUGAUGCAGCAGCAAGACAGCAGGAUCUUAUUGAAACACUAACACGAAAGGCUACUUCAAAUGGCAAACCCAUCAUAAACUACUGUCCAGGGAGAAGAGAAGGGCUUUAUGUUGUAGCGACUGAUUGUUACAACAACGUGGGAAUUGCUACAGAAACCUUACCUCUAGUAAUCAAGAAUCUAAUGCAAGUUAUGCAUCCAAGAUCAAGCCAGAUAGGUUUCGUACUCUUGACAGGCUUAAAUUUAUCGGAGAUGAUAGAAGCAUUUAAAAGUUCCCAGAUAAGGUUAGAAGAUUUUGAUGCACUGGUCUGUAGCAGUGGUAGUGAAAUUUAUUACCCAUGGAGAGAUAUGUUGGCAGAUGAAGACUAUGAAGCUCACAUCGACUACAGGUGGCCUGGUGAGCAUGUGAAAUCUAUCGUGAUGAGGCUUGCCAAGCUAGAAAAUGGAACUGACAAUGACAUUGAACCAUGCAAAAGUGCAUGCAACCCCCGAUGCUACUCAUAUACAGUUAGACCAGGAUCAGAGACUAGGAAAAUUGAUGAAAUACGGCAGAGGUUGCGCAUGAGAGGCUUUCGCUGCAACCUCGUUUAUACACAUGCAGCAGCCAGGUUAAUUGUGCUACCACUUUUUGCAUCAAGAACUCAUGCACUGAGGUACCUAUCAGUUAGGUGGGGCAUUGAUAUGUCAAAAAUGUUUGUGUUUCUUGGGGAAAGAGGGGACACAGAUUAUGAGGAUCUGCUUGUAGGCCUCCACAAGACUGUGAUCCUGAAAGGUUCAGUGGAGUAUGGCAGUGAGAUGCUUCUACAGACCGAAGAUAGUUUCAGAAGGGAUGAUGCAGUGCCCCAGGAGAGCGCCAACAUAUUCAGAGCAGAGGGAUAUGAAAUCCCUGAUAUCUCCAAAGCUCUGGAGACAUUGAAAUGACUUCAAAAUUGAACAUUUUCUAAGUUUUAUUACUUUAACCUUUUAUUUUUUAGGGGUUGGGGGUUUGGGGGUUUGCCAUGGCUAGUUUAUGUCUGUGGCAAUACUUUGUUAGAUAAACAAAUAACACGUGUAGUUUGUCGUAUAAGAAAGCUGUAUCUCAUCAUCAAAUCAAGCACUUCAUAUGCUUAAUGAAUCCAUUGAGUACCCUUACACGUAA